AUGGCGCGCAGCUCCAGUGCCCUCCCCGUCGUCCUGCUGGCCCUGGCGGCUCUCUUCGUCGCCCCCGCCUUCGUGCCAUCCCCUGCCCCACGUGCAGCGCCCGAGGCCAGCGCUGCCGCCGUCACGGCAGGUGCCCUGCUGCCGGUGCUCACGGCCCAGCCUGCCAUGGCCGAGGACUACAUGAUGCCUCCCAGCUGGCCCUUCCUCGUGGUCUUCCUCGGGGGAGCUUUCGCGCUGCUGGUUGCGGGAAAUUUCAUCUUCCCUGGCGAAAAGAAGUGA